CGGCCUCUCUCUCUGUCUCUCGUCUCCGCGAAUGGAAACCCUAAGGACCCAUCUCCGUCUCUCCGUCGGAGCCUCGCCUUCAAUCCUACUCAUCGCGAUGCUCUUCCUCUGCGUCUCCGUCUCCGCCACCAAGCACGACGUCGGCGGCAAGCAAGGCUGGGCACCGAACGUCAACUACACUGACUGGGCCUCCCACGAGCGCUUCUUCGUCGGCGAAUGGCUUGUGUUCUAUUAUCAGAAAGGGAUGUACGACGUUGUCCAGGUUAACUCUACAGCCUUCGAUCGUUGCUCUGCUGAGAAUGCGAUCAUGAACUGGAGCCGGGGACACAGCUUCGCGUUCCAGCUCAAGGACGCCGGCAACUACUACUUCAUCUGCAGCCGCGGGCAGUGCUACAACGGCAUGAAGCUCUCCAUCCUCGUCCACGAAACCCCAGCUCCUGCGCCCUCACUGCCACUGCAAUCAGCCCCAUCACCCUCUGGAUCCUCCGCUCUCACCCGUUUCAUCUCUCUCAACUUCGCCGCUGCCGCCGUCUUCCUCGCCGGAGUUUUCUAGGGUUUGACGGUAACUUUUCUUUCCCUAAAUGCCCUUCACAGGUGCAACCAGUCCAGUCUGAUUUCCAUGCUGAUAUUCGAGGGUAUUAUAGUCUUUUACUAUAUAAAGAUAAUCUGUUACUUGUUUUCCAAGAAAUAUUAACCUCUGCCUUUGGAUGACUUCGAUGCUAUGAUUGUCUUCAUGAAAUUCACAACUAAAUCAUUUUCUUA